ACUGCAUCUCUGUUGUUGCGUUUUCUUCCUUAACCCAAUCGCACUUGCCCAAUCCGCUGUCGCCACAUUAACCGGCAACGUGCGAAAAGCGUACACAGUACACACUGACACUUUAUUUUGAUUUUCCUGUAGACUCUGCUUUGUUGAACACAUUGUGAUUUUUCAUUAUUGUUUACAGUUCAUGACUACCAUUUAAAUGGAUUUCAAAACCAAGAGUGUUGUGUCAGUUUUCUGUGUUGUGUUAAGCUUCUUAAAUAUUUUACAUAAUGCUGAAGGAUUAGCUGUUAUGUCUGUAGAUAUUGGUAGUGAAUGGAUGAAAGUAGCAAUUGUUUCUCCUGGUGUGCCUAUGGAAAUAGCCUUAAACAGGGAAUCUCAACGAAAGACUCCUGUUGCUGUAGCCUUCCGAGAUGGAGAGCGAGUAUUUGGGGAUCCAGCCCUGACAAUUGGUGUACGUUUCCCAGAUAAAACUUUUAUGUAUUUAUUGGAUGUUAUUGGCAAAAAGAUUGAUAAUCCACUGGUGGAACUGUACAAGAAGAGAUUUCCUUAUUAUGAUAUAAAAGCAACAGAGGACAGGCAGUCAAUUGUAUUUACACACCCUGAAGGUAUGGAGUUUACAGUUGAAGAAUUAAUGGCUAUGAUUUUAAAACAAGCCCAAGAAAUCGCCCAAAAGGCUGCUGGUCAGCCUAUAAAAGAUGCUGUUAUAACAGUUCCUCCAUUUUUCAAUCAAGCAGAAAGACGAGCUAUGUUACAAGCUGCUAAAUUAUCUGGCUUAAAUGUAUUACAGCUCAUUAAUAGCAAUACUGCUGUGGCCUUAAAUUAUGGCGUGUUUAGAAGACGUGAUUUCAAUGAAACACCUACAAAUAUUUUGUUUUAUGACAUGGGUGCAGGCAGCACAGUGGCAACUGUUGCAACAUAUCAAUUAGUAAAGUCAAAAGAAACUGGUGAAGUUAGUCCACAGUUGACCAUCAAAGGUGUUGGGUUUGACCAUACAUUGGGUGGUCUUGAAAUGCAACUUCGAUUGAGAGACUUCUUAGCUACAGCCUUCAACAAUGCUAAGAAAACCGGCACAGAUGUUUUUACAAAUAAAAGAGCAAUGGCAAAAUUAUUAAAGGAAGCUGGUAGAGUCAAAAAAGUGCUGAGUGCUAAUAGCGAUCAUAUUGCUCAGGUUGAAAGUUUACUUGAUGACAAAGAUUUCAAGACUCCUAUGAGCCGAGCCGAAUUUGAAGAACUUUGCAGUGACCUUUUUGAGCGAGUUACAAAGCCUGUGGAAGCAGCUUUGAAAUCUGCUAAUUUUGAUCUGGUGCACAUUGAUCAGGUAAUUCUUGCUGGUUCUGGAACCCGGGUUCCCAAAGUACAGCAGAUUUUGUUAGAUUACAUCAAGAAGGGUGAAUUAGGUAAAAGCCUUAAUACAGAUGAAUCGGCUGCUUUGGGAGCUGCUUACCAGGCUGCUUACCUCAGUAAGGGAUUCAAGGUCAAGACAUUCUUAAUAAGAGAUGCUAACAUAUUCCCUAUUCAGGUGGAUUUCCAAAGAGAAUAUGAAUUGGAAGAUAAAACUACUGGUGUUAAAACAGUGAAAAGAAUUUUAUUUAGUAGAAACAACCUCAUUCCUAUGAAGAAAAUUAUGACAUUUAAUCGACAUGUGCAUGACUUUGAAUUCUAUGUAAAUUAUGGAGAUCUUGGCUUCUUAAGUGACUUUGAACUUCAAGCUCUGGGACCUUUGAAUAUCACAAAAAUUACUUUAAGUGGAGUUGAAGCAGCUAUUAAGAAAAACAUGGCUGAAAAUACAGAAUAUAAAGGUGUUAAAGCCCACUUUAGAGUAGAUGAGAGUGGAAUUCUGAUUUUGGAUGAAGUUGAGUCAGUAUUUGAAAAAACUGAAGAAGAAAGUCCUGAAUCUCGAUUAGAAUCUGCUUUCACUAAAUUGGGAAGUACACUAGGAAGACUGUUUUCUGGAUCAUCCGAAGACAAUGAACCUAAAGAUGAGCAACCAACUGACAGUAAAGCUGAUGAUACAAAGAAAUCCACUGAAACAAAAAAAGAGGGGGACAAGCCUCAAAAUGAAACCAAAGAGGCAGUUAAAAAUGCAACUGACACUAAGAAAGAACUUAAACUAGUAACUGUCAAAGAGCCUCUUACUUCCGUUCAAGAAUAUCUUGAUUUGAAACAUUUAGAUGAAGAUGUCAUGGAGAAAUCCUCAAAAAAAUUGAAAGAGUUAGAUGAAAAUGAUCAAGCAAGAUUAGCAAAAGCCAAGGCUAAAAAUGCUCUGGAAUCUUUCAUUGUUGAAACAAGAGACAAGUUAUACAGGGAUGAGUAUGAAAAAGCAUCAACUGAGGAAGAACGAUCCAAUAUACUGCAAAAAUUAAGUGAAGUUGGGGAUUGGUUGGAGUAUGAAUCGGAUGAUGCCACCACAGAGAUCUUCAAGAGUAAAGUGAGUGAUUUGAAAAAAAUGACCAAAGACCUCUUUGAAAGAGUGAAAGAGCACAGAGACAGGCCCGAAGCACUUAAAGCACUGAAAGAUAUGCUUAAUAUCAGUCAAGUCUUUCUGAAUUCUGCUCGUAAUGUUAGUGAAGAUGAUCAAAUAUUUACAGAGGUGGAAUUGAACACAUUGGAGAAUUUAAUCUCGGAAACAAAGAAAUGGCUUCAGGAAAGUGAGAAAGAACAAAAGUCUAUACCUCUGAGCGAGACUCCAAAACUGACCAUCAAAUUAAUUGGUGAGAAAGUUGCCAAUUUAGAUCGAGAGGUUAAAUAUCUCAUAAAUAAGGCUCGGUUUGCUCAACCUCUUAAGAAGAAAACUCAAGAAAAAGAAACCAAGAAAAAUGAAUCUGCUAAGAAUGAUACAGAAUCAGAAAAUAUUAUUGCUGAAAAUGAAAACAUAACAGUAGAAGCAGAAAAAGCAGAGGUUAAUAAUGAUGAGGCCCCUUCUAUAGAUAGUCCAGAUGUUGUGGAUGCAACUGUAGAUGAUACUUCAAUACCUACUGGGCAAGAUACCAUAACUCCAUCACCUUCUUCUGUUCCAGGGCAAGAUGAUGAGCAUUCAGAAUUAUGAGACUAGUAUAACUUAAUUGAAUCAUUUAUAAACUGUGAACUAAUCAAAUGCACGUAAAAAUGGUAGGGUGGAAUGUAUUUUUUAUAAAGAGUUUUGAUAAAGAUGCUCAGUUGGGAGCAGCUUUUCUUUCUACAAUUGAAAAAGGAUUGUUCUGAUUUGCCGCUGAACAUGUUAGUUGUUUAUUCAUUUUAUUUUUGUAUAAAGUUAAGUAUUCAUGGUGGUAUUUCAUUUUAAAAAUACUCAUUUCAAUAAUGGAAAUACUUUAAAAUUUUUGUUAGUGUUAUUUUUUGUGAUUGUUUGAAUACUAUUGCUGAUAAUUUAUAUUAAUUAGCAAUAAAAGGGUGAUAAUGAUACUGGAUUGCCAGUUACUUAAUAGUUUUUAGUGCAAUGAAAUCAACUUACAAAUAUUACCCAGUCAUUUUUGUAUAACUUGGGAUUUUGUAACAAAUGUUUGAAUUAUUUAUUUUUAAAAAAAAGUAAAAUUGAUUUCAAACUAGAAAAGAAAGCAAAAAAAUAUUUUGUAAAGUAGUGUUUUUU